AUCCCUCAUCAAACUGCCGGUCCUGUCUGUUUUCUUCCUCUUGCUGCUAUGUCUGCCGCCCGGGGGAGGACAAAAGAAGAAGGAGAACAUGCUGUCAGAGAAGGUUGACCAGAUGAUGGAGUGGUCCUCUCGGCGUUCGGUCGUCCGCAUGAACGGGGACAAAUUCCGUCGCUUCGUCAAGGCCCCACCCAGGAACUACUCUGUCAUCGUCAUGUUCACUGCCCUGCAACCUCAAAGGCAGUGUUCUGUCUGCAGGCAGGCGAAUGAGGAGUACCAGGUCCUGGCAAACUCGUGGCGUUACUCAUCUGCGUUUUCCAACAAGCUCUUCUUCACGGUGGUGGACUACGAUGAAGGAGCGGAUGUUUUCCAACAGUUGAACAUGAACAGCGCUCCAACCUUCAUGCAUUUCCCGGCGAAGGGAAAGCACAAGAGAGCCGAUACGUUUGACUUGCAAAGGAUUGGCUUUGCUUCAGAGCAGCUGGCCAAGUGGAUUGCCGACCGCACAGAUGUGCAGAUUCGUGUCUUCCGUCCUCCGAAUUAUUCGGGCACUAUUGCUUUGGCUCUGUUGGUGUCACUAGUCGGCGGUCUGUUGUAUCUGAGGAGGAACAACUUGGAAUUCAUAUACAACAAGACUGGAUGGGCUAUGGCUGCAAUGUGUGUCAUUUUUGCGAUGACAUCCGGUCAGAUGUGGAAUCACAUCAGAGGUCCUCCCUACGCCCACAAAAAUCCCCAGAAUGGACAAGUGAGUUAUAUUCACGGCAGCAGUCAGGCUCAGUUUGUGGCCGAGUCUCACAUCAUCCUUCUUCUGAAUGCUGCAAUCACCAUGGGGAUGGUGCUACUAAAUGAGGCUGCCACCUCCAAGGGUGAUGUUGGCAAGAGGAGAAUCAUCUGCCUGGUUGGCCUUGGCCUGGUGGUGUUUUUCUUCAGCUUCCUGCUCUCCAUUUUCAGGUCCAAGUACCAUGGAUACCCCUACAGCUUCCUUAUUAAGUGACAGAAAGGACCGAAGAGGAGGCCAGCGGGUGGCGGAGAGGCGAUAGGUUAGAAGAAGAGGAGUCGACAAGAUACUUGAAGAGGAGGAGGAGGCGGCGUCGAUAUUCAGUCUGGAGUGCACGGUGGAGUUUCUGUUCUUUGUGUGUCGUGUUGUGUUUUUUAUUGACUCCUAUCAUAAGCUCUGCUAGUUGGAUAGAAAAUAAAUUAUUCCUUCUUACACUGGAAAAUGAAAGUGUUUGGCGUGUCUCUGUAUCUCUGUCCUUUUUCUAUUGAAUAUUCUGUGUGGCUAGAUAUACUUGUGACUGUGCUGUGCUGUUUUUAAUUAAUGUAAUGUAUUGUAUUUAUAAAAACUGUGUUGCAGGUGAAGGGAGAAGUCAAGUGUGUGUUCACAGGAAGUGAAGUAGCAGGUUAGGAAGAUGAAUACGUGGUAAAACUUGAACACUAAUUCACGAGUUAGUAAAAAAGCUUAUUAACUAGCUAUGACAUCUCUAUUCAUUAUAUCCUCCCACGUGCUCAUCUCCAGCUGGGUGAAUCCUGCUGCAGCGUUGGAGCUCAGUCAGACUCUGUUUCACGGUGCGACCACUUUUGAAGGCUAAAAUAUGAAUGACUCAAACAAUGAACAGUGUGCAGAUUUAUACACGUGGAAUAAAUCCAAUCAAGUUUUAUUUUGUAUUUAUUAUCUAAAAAAGAUAUUUUUAGGUGUCUCUAAAAGCAUUUGUAUGAGGUUAUUCAAGGACUGGUCCAAAAUAGUGGGGAAUAGCCACAAUUGACCAAUAGGAGACUUAAGAUGUGAGUGUGAACGUGUUGCUGUAUACAGGACUGUCUCAGAAAAUUAGAAUAUUGUGAUGAAGUUCUUUAUUUUCUGUAAUGCAAUUAAAAAAACAAAAAUGUCAUGCAUUCUGGAUUCAUUACAAAUCAACUGAAAUAUUGCAAGCCUUUUAUUCUUUUAAUAUUGCUGAUUAUGGCUUACAGCUUAAGAAAACUCAAAUAUCCUAUCUCUAAAUAUUAGAAUAUCAUGAAAAAGUAUACUAGUAGGGUAUUAAACAAAUCACUUGAAUUGUCUAAUUAACUCGAAACACCUGCAAGGGUUUCCUGAGCCUUGACAAACACUCAGCUGUUAUAAAUCUUUUUUUUUACUUGGUCUGAGGAAAUAUUAAAAUUUUAUGAGAUAGGAUUUUAGAGUUUUCUUAAGCUGUAAACCAUAAUCAGCAAUAUUUAAAAAAAUAAAAGGCUUGCAAUAUUUCAGUUGAUUUGUAAUGAAUCCAGAAUGCAUGACAUUUUUGUUUUUUUAAUUGCAUUACAGAAAAUAAAGAACUUUAUCACAAUAUUCUAAUUUUCUGAGACAGUCCUGUAUUGAAUGAACAUUCACUUCUCCGCAAACUUCUUCCUCACGGAUCUAAAAUUAGAAAUGCGAAAUAGUCGUACACGAAGUGAGUGUUGUAACUUCUCUUGCUGGACGUGAGAAGCAAAAGGUCAUUGAGAGAAUACAUACAUUUCUAAUUCUUUCACUUGUGGACUGCCCACUAAAACACUGAGUGGGCGGGAGCACUGAAACCAUUUAUGUAACUCAUCGAUGCGUGGGCAGAGGGAUGGUGCCGCGCUGCUUUUGACAAAUGUAAUAAAAAUAUUCCCUCUUAGACUUCC